GGGAGCCGCCUCCGUCGCCGCCACAGCCUCCUUCGCCGCCGGCCCGGGCCCAGCCAGCGCCCGCCGUGCCGGAGUCGAGUCGCAGCCCGAGCUGCUGCCCGCGGCCCGGCCAUGAGCGGAAGCGCCGCCGCCGCGGUCGCGGUCUCCGCCGCCGCCUCCGCCGCCGCCGCCGCCGCCGCCGCCGCGCACUUCCAGCCUUGGUCGUGGUCUCCCAGGCCGGGCCCCGCCGAGCUCGGGCCCCCGCGCCGCCCGCGCCCCCCGCCACCACCGCCGCCGCCCCGGCCCGAGCCUGCCGCCGCCGGCUGCCUUAGCCCUCCAGGCCACGGGCCUCUUCGGACCGGGGCGCAGGGUGGCGGCGCCUGCGGCAGAGCGUCCGGAGCAGGUAGUGUUGGUGCUUCUUUUCAGUGCCAGUCCAUCCAUCACGACCACAUUUGUCAUGAUGACAGUGACAAGAGUGAAGAUAGUCCAAGUCCUAAGAGACAGCGCCUCUCUCAUUCAGUCUUUGAUUAUACAUCAGCAUCACCAGCUCCCUCCCCACCAAUGCGACCAUGGGAGAUGACAUCAAAUAGGCAGCCCCCUUCAGUCCGACCAAACCAACAUCACUUCUCAGGGGAACGAUGCAACACACCUGCACGCAACAGAAGGAGUCCUCCUGUUAGGCGUCAGCGAGGAAGAAGGGAUCGUCUCUCUCGACAUAAUUCCAUUAGUCAAGAUGAAAACUAUCACCAUCUCCCUUAUGCACAGCAGCAAGCAAUAGAGGAACCUCGAGCCUUCCACCCUCCGAAUGUAUCUCCCCGUCUGUUACAUCCAGCUGCUCAUCCACCCCAGCAGAAUGCAGUCAUGGUUGACAUCCAUGACCAGCUCCAUCAAGGAACAGUUCCUGUCUCCUACACAGUAAGCACGGUGGCACCCCAUGGGAUUCCACUCUGCACAGGCCAGCACAUCCCUGCUUGCAGUGCACAACAGGCCCCAGGAUGCUCUGUGGUCUUCAGUGGACAACACCUACCUGUCUGUAGUGUGCCUCCUCCAAUGCUUCAGGCAUGUUCAGUUCAGCACUUACCAGUACCAUAUGCUGCGUUCCCACCCAUUAUUUCUAGUGACCCAUUUCUUAUACAUCCUCCUCACCUGUCUCCCCAUCAUCCUCCUCACUUGCCACCACCAGGCCAAUUUGUCCCUUUCCAAACACAGCAGUCACGAUCGCCUCUUCAGAGGAUAGAAAAUGAAGUGGAACUCUUAGGAGAACAUCUUCAAGUAGGCAGUUUUACUUAUCCCCCUUCGGCCCAUCCCCCAACAUUACCUCCGUCAGCUCCUUUGCAGUUCCUGACACAUGAUCCUUUGCAUCAGGAGGUGUCCUUUGGCAUACCUUACCCUCCGUUUAUGCCUCGGAGACUCACAGGACGCAGUAGAUACCGAUCCCAGCAGCCAAUACCACCUCCCCCUUAUCAUCCCAGCUUACUGCCAUAUGUGUUAUCAAUGCUUCCAGUACCACCUGCAGUGGGCCCAACUUUCAGCUUUGAAUUGGAUGUGGAAGAUGGAGAAGUAGAAAAUUAUGAGGCCCUGCUAAACCUGGCGGAGCGGCUGGGAGAGGCGAAGCCACGGGGCCUGACUAAAGCAGACAUUGAACAGCUUCCUUCCUACAGGUUCAACCCCAACAACCACCAGUCGGAGCAGACUCUGUGUGUGGUAUGCAUGUGUGAUUUUGAGUCAAGGCAGCUUCUUAGAGUCUUACCCUGUAACCACGAGUUCCAUGCCAAGUGUGUCGAUAAAUGGCUUAAGGGAAAUCGUACUUGCCCAAUUUGCCGAGCUGAUGCUUCAGAGGUGCAUCGGGAUUCUGAGUGACCGGCUAAGAGCACAGAUUUAGUUUGGGUGUUCCUCAUCACGUGUACAUAAUGGACUAUCCAUUGAACUUAACCUGUGUGGCUUCCAGCCCUCCCUUUACCAAAAGGGUCAAUGGACCUUUCUUUGCACUGUGUGACUUAAUCAACUAUAAAAGCUUACAAUUAGUCUUCACAAUUAUGGGAUUGUUAUACUAACUGUGUGAUUGGAACUCCAAAGAUCUUUUCUUUAGCUUAAUUUCGUGUGUGCACUAACAUUCCCUGGUUUUUGUGUGAUCAUUCCGAGUGUUGCUGCAAGAUUACAGUGGACGUGAUCUUUUAGCAUGUGCUUUUAUAAAAAGUGGUAGCUCCAGAUGAUAUAGCAAUCUACCUUAUAUAGAGCCUUCAGAAACUGUGAGUGGAAAUGAGUGCAGCGUAUGACUGUUGGUGAUAAGUGAAUCCGUGUAUGAGUGUGCAACUACAUGUGUGGGGGCAUGGUAGCUACUGUGUGUAUGAGAUCCUAUAUACCAGCAUGUACCAAGAAUGUGUGUGUAGUUUUAAUUAUGCUGCAAUGUAUAAUCUGGUGUGUUAUUUAAACAGCACUAGUACUGUACACUGGUUUUCCCCUUGUGUUUGCUGUUGCACACUGAUUGCUAAGGGUGCAUCAAUUCUAAGCAUUGAAUACUCUGUCCCCUUCCCUCCCAAUGAAUGGAAUGAAAAAAGCCUUCUUCCUUUGCUUCAGGCAGCUGUCCCCUUCUCUUCCUUUGUGAUCCUAGGUGGGUCACUUAAGAAAAAAGUGUCAGAUUCUCACUCACUCCAUGACCUGUUUAUUAUUUUCAGUUCUGUUAUAAAAGAAACUUAAGUAUCCAACUUGCUAUUUCCAAAAAGAAGGUGCAAUAUCAUACAUCAUCAUUAGCAAUAUUAGCAUUUCAGUCAGUGAUCUGAAUGUUUAUACUUAUUGUUUUUCCUUUACAUUUCCAGUAGCGUCUUAAAGAAAGGACCUGUGAUUUUAUUAAUGUGUAGAUUUGUAGUCUGUUCCAAAGAUGUUUGAGUAAUAUAUUUUCAAGAACACCACUGGUCCCAUAAAUCUUGCCUCCUUGACUUCUGCUGGAACAAAGUCUGUUACCUUAACUCAGCCUGGUUUCUGGUGUGUGUUCUUCGCUCAGACCUCCAUGGGCAACUAAAUUGUGUAAGCGAAGUAUUGUUGUUGGUGUUAAUCAGGUUCCCACACUACGGUCCUGAAGUUCUGUAGUUCUUCCCUCAGCAAACCUUCCCGUCAAAACCUUUGUUUCAGCAUGGACCAAGUGCUGUGACAGCUCGUCCUUAGGUCCGGUUUGCUUUGAUGUCUUUCUCUUUUCAGUUAUGUUAGAAUGAGGAAAGCUUAAUGUAACAGGUGCCCAGAGUACUUGCAGUGUAAAUGAAGGUUGGAUUUUUGUAUAAAAAUAAUGCUGUCAAACAGGAAUUGACCUUUAUUUAAUCUGAAAUGAUACAUAGCUGUGCAAAACAAAACAGACUCGUUAAACAUAAAUCAGAUUAUUUGAAGUCAUUUUUCAGCACCAUUGGAUUCCUUUCUCCUCACAGUGUGCUCAGCCUUGCCUGCCUCUUUGUGAGUUAUUGGCAUCUGUUUGCAGCCACACAUGCUGCAGCCUUUCAGUCACAACUGUGACACUUUGCUGCCAACCUCACUCAACUCGCAAUUGGCGCUGGGCCUAUUUUUUACUCUGACAGGGAGAGUGUUCAACUACUUGUUACUGCCAUGUUCCUUACCCUCCCUUGAAGUCUCUAAGCUCAUCACAGCCUAGAGUUCAGGAAAGCCAAUUCACACAGAAGCACAAUUUUGUCUUCUUCCAGACACUGUUGCCUCUAUCUAGUCAGACAAAUAGGAUUUGACCUACUUUCUGUUUGCCUCUAGAUUUGUGUUAGUGUGUCAGAAAUACGUUUAAACAGUGGCAAAAUGCACAUGUUACUUUUAAAUCAUUAGGAUACCCCCUCCUGUUCCUAAUGAAUAAAAAGGUGUGUUAAAGACCAAAAUUAUUGGCAUAUAACAGUCAGCUCCAAAUCACAUACAGUUUAAUCUUUAUUUUUUAAUUUAAAGAAAUCAUGUUUAAAAUGGCAAAAGUCCAUACUAUAUAUACACUUUUAUAUAGCUGCAAAAACUUUAUACCUGUACAGCUCUAACCUAACACCGCUCCACUCAGUAUUUGUCUUGUUGAUGCACAAGUGAAGCACUUUGCUAAUUUAUACAGAGAUACUGACUACCAAGGCCCAUUGUGCUGAAGACCGGAGAGCAGCCUUUCUUUUUCUACCAAUGCUCACCAUAAAGGUCCUUCCGAGUAGUUCUUUUUAAAGAGGUAGUUGGCAGUUUAGGAGGCAGCAGGGUCUGGCCUGGUAGAAUUCUCUUCACCAGUUAUGACUGCUAUCUCCUUGGGAAUGUCUUCUCUUAGCACAGAGCUCUUAGGGGUGGUUCAGACUUUUGUUCACUGAAUGGCUGGUGUAUUUUAGGAGCACACCACGUGUGCUCUCCAAGUAGCUGUCAUCUUUGGGAGAUGCCUUCAGCCUCCUUCCUCCUAGAACAGUAUUGGCUUUACAGUCCUAACUCAGCUGUGGGUUUGUUUUGUUUUGUUUUUGUUUUUGUAAGUUUUAGAUUUGGGGUUUAU